AUGACUGCUGAACAAUGGAACCCUGCAGUAGAUCUGCCAGAUCUGCGUGGCAAGGUUGCUGUCGUGACGGGAGCUGGGACUGGAAUCGGAUUCGCAACUGUCAAGCAACUUGCUCGGAAGGGAGCCAAGGUGUACUUGACUACUCGCAAUAAAUCGAAGGCCCUACAAGCAAAGGAGACAUUGAAUAAAGAACCUGAUGUUGAUCCGGAAAAUCAAGCAUUACUUCAGCCGCCAAUGACUGCCAUCAUGACUAACAGACCCCCAGUUCACAAUGCAGCAGCGUCAACAGCAUCCCGUGAGUUGGUAGACGGCAAAUAUGAACCGCACAUGGCUGCCAAUCACAUGGGAGUUUUCCUAUUCACGAACCGCCUUUUACCACUUCUCAAAAACGCUUCAACUUCCAAGGACGCUGAUGUCAGGAUCGUCAAUGUCAGCUCUACAGCCCAGAUCAGCUUGCUACCAAGUCACUUCAAGUUCAACUUUGACUCGACUUUAUGCUUCAGAGAUCCGGUAACUUCUUACCCAUGGCAGUGGAGGUUCUUGGGUAGAUUCUUCUUCGCCUUUGACAUGAUUCGCUAUGCCGUGUCAAAAGCAGCUGUGGUGCUGUUCACACAAGAUCUUCAGCGCCGGUUCGAUGAGCAAGGCCUCGCGAUAACAUGCAUCGCCGUCCAUCCUGGAGAGGUCUUCACCGAAGGUUUGGUAUCAGUAAACAACUUCCUCGUCGGGGCCAUAGCACGCAUGGCAUUCGUCGGCGCUGAGCAAGGUGCCGCAAACUCUUUGUUUGCAGCUGCUGCGACCGAGGUCAGGGAGAAUGCUGAAAAGUACAAGGGGAAGUUUCUGGUUCCGGUUGGGAAAUUGGAAGCUCCUAACCCUGUCGCCGAAGAUGCUGCACAAGUUAAAGAACAGGAGUUCCCUGUUCCCCUGUUUUUCAUAUAA